CAGCCCCGGGGCGGAUGGCACGGGCCGCCCGUCUCCUCCGCGCGAUCUCGCGCGCCCUCCUGCUCCCGCUGCCUCUGCUGCUGCUGCUGUUGCUGCUUCUCCUGCCUCCGCCGCUCAUGGCCCGGGCCAGGCCACCGAACACAAUCUCAUCCCCGUGUUAGGCUAGCCACCGUCACCACCCUGUGAAGAGAGGGCCACCGCAGCUCCUGCAUGCGGCUCUGCCUAAUAGCUUGACAUCUGUCCCUGCCUCCCACUGGGCCCCUAGUCCUGCCAGUAGUAGCUCCAGACCUCUUCGAUGUGGCGUGCCUGACCUACCUGAUGUGCUCAACUCCGCCCGGAACCGACAGAAGCGCUUCGUACUGUCAGGAGGGCGCUGGGAGAAGACAGACCUCACCUACAGGAUCCUCCGGUUCCCAUGGCAGCUUGUAAGGGAGCAGGUACGGCAGACGGUGGCAGAGGCCCUCCAGGUAUGGAGUGAGGUGACGCCGCUAACUUUCACCGAGGUGCAUGAGGGACGAGCUGACAUCAUGAUUGACUUCACCAGGUACUGGCAUGGGGACAACUUGCCAUUUGAUGGGCCUGGGGGUAUCCUGGCCCAUGCCUUCUUCCCCAAGACCCACCGAGAAGGGGACGUACAUUUUGACUAUGAUGAAACUUGGACUAUCGGGGACAACCAGGGCACAGACCUGCUGCAAGUGGCGGCUCAUGAAUUUGGCCAUGUUCUGGGCCUGCAACAUACCACAGCAGCUAAGGCCCUUAUGUCCCCUUUCUAUACCUUCCGCUACCCUCUAAGCCUCAGCCCGGAUGACCGAAGGGGCAUCCAGCACCUCUACGGCCAGCCCAAGCCGGUCCCCACCUCCCAUGCCCCAGCCUUGGGCUCCCAGGCUGGGAUAGAUACCAAUGAGAUCGCACUGCUGGAGCCGGAAACCCCACCAGAUGUCUGUGAGACUUCCUUUGAUGCAGUUUCCACCAUCCGAGGCGAGCUCUUCUUCUUCAAGGCAGGCUUUGUGUGGAGGCUACGCAGUGGGCGGCUGCAGCCUGGGUAUCCUGCUCUGGCCUCUCGGCACUGGCAAGGACUGCCCAGCCCUGUGGAUGCAGCUUUUGAGGAUGCCCAGGGCCAGAUUUGGUUCUUCCAAGGUGCUCAGUACUGGGUAUAUGAUGGAGAGAAGCCAGUCCUAGGCCCUGCACCACUCUCCAAGCUGGGCCUGCAGGGGUCCCCCAUCCACGCUGCCUUGGUCUGGGGUCCUGAGAAGAACAAGAUCUACUUCUUCCAAGGUGGAGACUAUUGGCGUUUCCACCCCAGAACCCAACGCGUGGACAGUCCUGUGCCCCGACGUGCCACUGACUGGCGAGGGGUGCCUUCUGAGAUUGACGCUGCCUUCCAGGAUGCUGAGGGCUAUGCCUACUUCCUUCGUGGCCCUCUCUACUGGAAGUUUGACCCUGUGAAGGUGAAGGUUCUGGAAGGCUUUCCUCGCCCCAUAGGUCCUGACUUCUUUGACUGUGCAGAGCCUGCCAAUACUUUCCGUUGACAACACCAUGGAUGCGCUCAGGGAUACUGACCCCUGCCACGCCACUUAUAUCAUUAAAGAGACCCAUAGCCCUGUUUGGGGCUCUGGGCUUCAGGCAUGGGACAGACAGAGACUAUAGGUCUCCUCAGGGGAGUGAGUGGGUUGGGGUACAGCCACUAUUUGCAGGAAGGGCCAUGCUGGUCAUGGUCAUCUGCCAACAACUGCCUCAGACUGGGCAAAGGCUUUGAUAUUACUUACAAGUAAGGGAGGUCGUGGGCCAACAAUAUUCUACCUACCAAUAUUCCACAGUCAACCUGGCUGCUCAAGGCCUCCAUCUGUCCCUCAAAGCAGAGCCCCCCACAGUAAUUCAGGAAUCACGUUGUCUUCCUUCUAUUCCUGUA